AUGUCAACAAACCUUCCAACUUCAAAGGCUGGUGAUGCCAUUGGAGACAACUCCACAUUGAUGAACAGGACGCCAUCGGACGGACGAACUGCUCGGGGAGAUGUGAUUUCACAGGACACUUGUGCUAGGACUCUGCAAGUCAUCAAAACAAGAGAUCAAGGAAAAUCUAUGUUCUAUAAGAGUCAUCUAGAAAGAUGUUUCCGACAGACAGGUCAGAGGAGUGGAUCACUGGAUGAGUGUGUUAUAGAAAGAAUGGCUGAGAAAAGCCAGGAUUUCACUGAUUUUGGGAGCAGUAUAGAUGAAUACCAUGCAAUGCAUGAUGGACUUGGCUCUGAGACCACAGAGGAGGUGGAACCCCAGAAACAGCGAGUGAUCUAUGUCAACGCUCCACAGCCUGUCAAGUACUGCUACAACAAGAUCAGCACAGCCAAAUAUAGCUUUCUGACAUUUCUCCCAAAGUUCCUGUUUGAACAAUUUAGGAAAUAUGCCAACAUCUUCUUCCUUUUCAUCUCAUUAUUACAGCAAAUCCCCACUGUGUCCCCCACUGGUCGGUACACUACAGCGGUCCCCCUACUGCUUAUACUCAGUAUCUCAGCCCUCAAAGAAAUCAUUGAAGACUUUAAACGACACAGACAGGAUGAUGAAGUUAAUAACAGGGAAGUAUUAGUUUUACGCAAUGGAAUUUGGACAAAAGUCCGUUGGUUGGAUGUCCUUGUGGGUGACCUUGUCAAGGUCAUCAGUGGCCAGUUCUUCCCAGCUGACAUGAUUUUGUUGUCAUCAAGUGAACCACAGGCUAUGUGCUACAUAGAAACCUCAAAUUUGGAUGGAGAGACAAAUCUCAAGAUAAGACAGGGUCUCCCUCAGACCUCCAAACUUCUCACCCAUGAAGAUCUGCUGGAGUUGACAGGGACGGUGGAGUGUGAAUUACCCAACAGGCAUCUGUACGACUUUGUGGGGAACAUACGUCCCUCGGGGAGAAUGGCCAUCCCCCUGGGUCCAGAUCAACUUCUGCUGAGAGGAGCCAUGCUUAGGAAUACUAAGUGGAUAUUUGGAAUUGUCAUCUACACUGGUCAUGACAGUAAACUAAUGUUGAAUUCCACAUCAGCACCAUUAAAAAGAUCACAUGUAGAAAAGGUCACCAACAAUCAGAUUCUGUUUCUGUUUUGUGUGCUGAUCGUCCUGUCCCUGGCAAGCACCAUAGCCAACAGAGUAUGGACCUCAUGGCACGUUGACAAGGACUGGUACCUGGCAUAUCAAGACUCUCCACCCAGUAACUUUGGUUACAACUUCCUGACCUUUAUCAUCCUGUACAACAACCUGAUCCCGAUCAGUCUACAGGUCACGCUGGAGGUCGUCAAGUUCAUUCAGGCCAUCUUCAUUAACUGGGAUUUGGACAUGUACCAUGCAGAGACAGAUACACCCGCCAUGGCUAGGACGUCUAAUCUCAAUGAGGAACUGGGACAGGUGAAGUACAUCUUCUCAGAUAAGACUGGGACCCUCACACGGAACAUCAUGGUGUUUAAAAAGUGCAGCAUUGCUGGAAUACCUUAUGGGUGUGGGGAAGAUGAAGUGCAUGGCUUUAGUGAUCCAUCACUGAUAGAGAACUUAAAAAGAAACCAUGUUACGGCCCCAGUUAUCCGGGAAUUCCUGACCCUUAUGGCUGUGUGCCAUACGGUGGUGCCAGAAAACAAAAAUGGAGAUCCGAAUGCCAUGGAAUACCAGGCCUCCUCUCCAGAUGAAGGUGCUCUUGUGAAGGGUGCUAAAGAAUUGGGCUUCUUCUUUAAAACUAGGACACCUAACACAGUUACCGUGGAAGUGAAUGGAAAUGAUGAGGAAUAUGAAAUCUUGAAUGUGUUAGAAUUUACAAGCACCAGAAAGAGAAUGUCAGUGGUGGUCCGUACCCCCUCAGGGGAGAUCAAGCUUUUAUGUAAAGGAGCCGAUACAGUGAUUUAUGAGCGGCUGGAUGACAAACAGAUGUACAAGGAUAUAACAAUACAGCAUCUAGAGGAGUUUGCCACCUUGGGGCUUCGCACAUUAUGCAUAGCCUCAGCAGAUGUAACAGAGGAAUUCUAUGAUGAAUGGAAGCACACUUACUACAAAGCUAGCACAUCACUUCAGAACAGGGACAAAAAACUAGAGGAGGCAGCAGAACUCAUUGAAAGGAAUCUCCGACUUCUUGGUGCUACAGCCAUUGAGGAUAAACUUCAGGAGGGUGUUCCUGAAACCAUCUCCAAUCUGUCUAAAGCAGACAUAAAAAUCUGGAUCCUUACUGGAGACAAACAGGAAACAGCCAUUAACAUAGGAUAUUCUUGCCACUUGCUAACACAAGGGAUGCCACUCCUGAUCAUCAAUGAACACAGUCUGGAUGGAACUCGAGAGACUCUGAGGAGACAUGUUCAGGAUUUUGGUGACCUCCUCUGUAAAGAAAACGAUGUGGGCCUAAUUAUUGAUGGACAGACUCUGAAGUAUGGUCUGUCUUGUGACUGUAGAAAAGACUUCCUCGACAUAGCUGUGUCCUGUAAAGCGGUCAUCUGUUGUAGGGUGUCACCUUUACAGAAAGCAGAGAUUGUAGAAUUGGUCAAAGACUCAGUCAAAACAAUCACCUUGGCCAUAGGUGAUGGUGCUAACGAUGUAGGGAUGAUUCAGGCAGCACAUGUGGGGGUAGGAAUCAGUGGCGUGGAGGGGUUACAGGCAGCGUGUGCCUCAGAUUACGCAAUCGCUCAGUUUCGAUUCCUGAAUAAGUUACUGUUGGUUCAUGGAGCAUGGAGCUAUUACAGGCUGUGUAAACUUAUUCUCUACUCCUUCUACAAGAACAUCUGCCUCUACGUCAUAGAGUUUUGGUUUGCUAUUAUGAAUGGCUUCUCUGGACAGAUUCUGUUUGAGAGAUGGAGUAUAGGUUUUUAUAAUGUGAUAUUUACGGCUGCCCCACCUUUAGCGAUGGGUCUCUUUGACCGUAUUUGUAGUGCAGAGAGCAUGAUGAAGUUCCCAGCUCUCUACAAAGCUUCCCAGAAUGCCGAGCUCUUCAAUGCUAAGGUUUUCUGGAUGUGGAUCUUUAAUUCUUUGUUUCACUCUAUUCUUCUGUUCUGGCUUCCAGUUCUUACUCUUCAACAAGAUAUUGCGUUUUCCAAUGGACAAUCAGGGGGUUACCUCUUCCUAGGAAACUUUGUAUAUACAUAUGUUGUGGUGACAGUGUGUUUGAAGGCUGGUCUUGAGACAAGUGCUUGGACCUGGCUGACUCACCUAGCCAUAUGGGGCAGUAUAGCCAGCUGGUUUCUGUUCCUCCUGGUGUACAGCCAUAUCUAUAUGAUUGUGGACCUGGCUCCAGAGAUGCUGGGCAUGGACAUUGUAUACCGAUGUUCCAUUUUCUGGAUGGGUCUUAUUAUUAUUCCCUUUAUCUGCCUCAUUAGGGAUGUCACGUGGAAAGCAUACAAGAGGACAAUGCACAAGACACUGAAAGAAGAAGUUCAGGAGAAAGAAAAACUGCACGAGGACCCUACACCUGUUGUCAUUAAAAUGACUAAGAAAAGGUUGACGGAGACUGCCCGUCUUCUGCGGAAUGUGUUCACACGCUCAUCUAACAGGAUGCAGACGGCCUCUGAGCAGCCGCAUGGUUUUGCAUUCUCACAAGAAGAAAAUGGAGUACUUACUCAGGCUCAACUGAUACGUGUUUAUGAUUCCACCAAAAGCAAGCCAGAAGGGUUAUAAUGUCUCACAAUCAACAACCUGGAUCCAUGGUUUCUCAGAAGUCAGGACAACUGUCCAGGAUUCACAGUGAUGGGAAAUCUCUGGGACCAAGUGCAAUAUAUCUUCAUAUCAUCACCUUUUUUGAUUUCACACUCCUAUCCUCACUCGUAAACAUCAACAAUGCUCUGAAGCCACAAAAAUAACAUAAACAUUGAUCUGAUACAUCUGAACUAUUAAGAUAUGUACAUUGCUUGAUUCUGACAGUCUGUAAACUAUCCUGCUUGUCCUACGUUGAACAGGCUGAUGGCUGUGUAGUGUUUUAUUACCUCAGUUAAGGAUUUUAUUUUUGAUAGAUUUUUUUGAUAAUUCACAUGUACAGAGUUCAAAGAUUCCCAGCUACAUGUACAAAUUGAAACCUUUAAUUUUCAUCCACUCGCCUCAUCCUUAAAAUGUUGGCUCAGUAUUAAUGAAUGCCGGCCUGUGUGUCUUCAGUGUUACAGUUUGUCUAGCCAAGCUAGUGUGGAUGUCUUUAGUUUUGUUAGUAAUUAUUUAUUGUUUUGUUUAUGUAAUAUAUACAUGCAUUGUUGUUAUUAUAUGAUUUACUAUGUGUACAUGUAUGUAUUUUAUGGUCAAUUUUAUGUUAAGUGCUGUUUAUGACUUAAUUCUGAAAGUUGUUUGGUGAUAGUGAUGUACUAGGGGUAUUGGAAUAAAACAGUUAAGACAUUGACACCCUACCUGCUUCAGCAAUGCACUUACUGAAAGAUCAUUGGGUAAUGAUACAAUAUGUAUGUACAGUAUGAACACAACUCUUAUCAAACCAUUGAAAACGCCCUUUUGUAAGGAGAGAAAGCAUGUUGAGGUCGAAACACCAUAGGUGUCUCUUCAAGUGUUAUAAUUUCAAUGGUUUUAAUAUCAUUCUUUUGUAUAAUUGGAUGAAAAUUAAUAAUAUGUAGAAAUAAUUUUAAUCACUUUGGCUUUGAUGCUACAGAAAACUUUUACCAAGGAUAUUGAAAGAUUAAAAGCACUGUAAUUUUGGCCUCCCUUUCCUUUUAUAUAACAUUCUGGUUUUGAGAAAGGGUGCUUACUCUAAAGCUGGGACAUAAACUGGUUCUCUAGUCCAUAAUCACUUUGUAAAGUAGUAGGGUGAAGGUCAGAGUAUUGCCACUGUAAUAUAGGGAACAUUUUUUUACUCAAAUGCUCAUUUGUAUGAUGAUUGACAUUUAUAUACAGUGUAGCUCACUCACAGAAAGUUCAUGUUAGCUACACUAAGUGUUUCACUUCAUGCACAUGUAUCGCAGGAUUUCCAAAGUUCAGAACAUCUACGUUCAUAUUCAUAACACAUAAGUCUCCGUGAUUUUGUAUUCAAAUGAUGAAGCGGGGAAGGUACCAGUUAUUUACUGUAAGUACAGAUUUAUCCUUAAAAAAUGUCAAUAACUAAUCAUCUUGGUGUAUUUGAUGACAAAAAACACACCUCCUCAUAUAUGGAGGUUGUUCUCUUCAAUACAUGUACCAGUAAAUUAAAGAAGUAUGUGUUUUGUUGUGGUUUUAAAGGUAAAAUUUCAAGUUUAAGGGGUUUCAACACCAAUUUCAAAUAUAAAGUAAGUAGAUGUUUUGGGGGUUUGGGUUUUUAUUUUUUAAGAAAUUGCAGCCUUAGAGUAAAGAUUACUGUAAGUUUUAGUUAGGCCACACCAAUAUAAUUACUUGUUUGUCGAAUAUCCUGUGAAAAAAGGUACAAGCGAUUAAGAAAUAAAAUUAUUAUUUUUUUGUUGCCAACAUUUUUAGGCAGUACUUAAAUAAAUUUGUGCGGACGGUAAUAUUUUUUCUACUUGAUUCUGAUUUAUAAAUUAGAACUAUUUAAAAUGCCAAAAAUAGAGUGGAGAUAGAACAGAGAACAGCACAGAAUUUCCUGGAUGCGGGAAAUUAAUAAUGAUAUUAUUUGUAUAGUUUAAUUUAAAUACGAGCACGUGGGAUCCAACGAGCAAGAAAUUUUAUUGGUGUGGCAUUGAUAUUGGAUCAUAUUAUCAUAGGAUAGAUCAUAUUCUCAUCCAUCAGCAUUCUAUUUGUGUUUUCUCAUUCUUGAAUUAGAAAAUGUAUGGUUUAGAGUUAUUCUUCUCAAAAUUAAAAUAAAGUCUUCUCAGUAUUUUUAUUCAAUGAGAAUUGUUUAAAUAUUGUUGGGGCUAUUUUUCCCCACUCAAUGUGUAUCCAGUCAGCAGGUUGUAUCGUACGUUGAAAAUUGUAGAGAUUGACUUUGCCUAUUAGUAGUUAGGAUAAAUUUUUCUCUUUCUCUGUGAUUUCCAGUAUUUGAUAAUUAAAAUUUAAGAUUAUGUUUCCUAUUCUUGUAGUACACUAACAAAGAAUAUGCUUGAUUGGUAAUAAACAUUUUUUUAAACUAAUAAGUUGU